CUCCGGCCAAGUAGGAAAUUAAAGCCCCCCCUUGUCUAGUUGGAGCCAUUGGAUACAUGGGCAGGCCUCGAGGGAAGAGCAAGAAAGCGAUCGAAGCCGCGAGCAACGACGACGAAGAUGGCAGCGGCGGCGAGGAGGCGCCGCCCACCCCCAAGAGGAGGGGAAGGCCUCAGACGAAGCCUCUCAAGGACGACGCCGACGAAGCCGAGGACAAGGACACCGCCGAGGCCGAGGAAGACGACGCAGACGGCACAAAGCCCGUCGUGCGGCCAAGCAAGGACUCCACCAAGCAGAGCUCAGCUGAGGGUGGAGGCAAGAAGCGGCGGCGGCGCCGAGAGGAGGAGGAGGGUCACGUGAGGUCGUCCAAGUCCAAUGGGUUCCGGCCGAACGGGAGCCGGCGGAAGAGCACUCCCCGGCGAGCCGCCGAGGCUGGGGUCGAAUGCAAGUGAACAUUUGCCGGAUAAGCUAGAGCAACUUGUGUUGGUUUUUACUCCCUUUUUCUCCCCAUUUUUACUGGGGUUUUUAGCUUUUACCCAUUCUGUUACAUAGAUCAAACAACAUGCAUCUUGAAGCGUCUGGUAGUUCGUAGUCCCAUCUCUAGGAGUAGGAGCAUGAUCAUGUUCAUGCCAUUAUGUGCUGGUCGGUGGAUGACAUGCUAGUUAUAGCUUGGGAGUUCGUUUGCAUGAGCGUACUAGUGACUGGUGGUUUGCGUUAAAACUUGAAAGUAUAAGCAAGCAUUCUCUGCGAACUGUUUAUCCUGUGUUUUGUGAA